AUGCACACAUUUUCCACAUUACCUGUCGAACUAGUUUAUCGAAUUAUGGAUCAUCAAAAUGAGCAGACGCUAUUUUGUUCAAUGCAAAAUAUUUGUCGACGGCUCAAUCAGAUCCUGAGUACUUACCAGCGAUAUCAAACACUCACCAAACUUAAUCUCAAUAGCCACCAAAUCGGUGCCGAAGCAGUACAACACAUUGCGAGUGCGCUCCGGAGGAAUACGACACUCACUGCACUUCACCUCGGUUGGAAAAAAAUCGGUGCUGAAGGAGCACAACACAUCGCGGAUGCUUUGCGAACGAAUACGACACUCACCACACUUGACCUCCGUUGGAACGAAAUCGGUGCUGAAGGAGCACAACACAUUGCGGAUGCGCUCCGGAGGAAUACGACACUCACCACACUUCACCUUGGUUCGAACGAAAUCGGUGCUGAAGGAGCACAACACAUUGCGGAUGCGCUGCGAACGAAUACGACACUCACUGCACUUAACCUCCACGGGAACAAAAUGGGUGCUGAAGGAGCACAACAUAUUGCGGAUGCGUUGCGAACGAAUACGACACUCACCACACUUAACCUCAAUGAGAACGGAAUCGGUGCUGAAGCAGCACAACACAUUGCGGGUGCGAUGCGAACGAAUACGACACUCACCACACUUCACCUUGGUUCGAACGAAAUCGGUGCUGAAGGAGCACAACACAUUGCGGAUGCGCUGCGAACGAAUACGACACUCACCACACUUAACGUCGAUAGGAACCAAAUCGGUGCUGAAGGGGCACAACAUAUCGCGGGUGCGAUGCGAACGAAUACGACACUCACCACACUUCACCUCGAGAGGAACGAAAUCCGUGCUGAAGGAGCACAACACAUUGCGAGUGCUUUGCGAACGAAUACGACACUCACCACACUUCACCUCAAAGAGAACCCAAUCGGCGCUGAAGGAGCACAACACAUCGCGGAUGCUUUGCGAACGAAUACGACACUCACCACACUUGACCUCCGUUGGAACGAAAUCGGUGCUGAAGGAGCACAACACAUUGCAGAUGCGCUGCGAACGAAUACGACACUCACCACACUUAACGUCGAGAUGAACGAAAUCGGUGCUGAAGGAGCACAACACAUUGCGAGUGCGAUGCGAACGAAUGCGACACUCACCACACUUCACCUCAAAGAGAACCAAAUCGGCGCUGAAGGAGCACAACACAUCGCGGAUGCUUUGCGAACGAAUACGACACUCACCACCCUCACCCUCCAUAGGUACGAAAUCGGUGAUGAAGUAGCUCAACAUAUCGCAGAUGCAUUGGGAAGGAAUAUAAGCGCCAUGAUGGCAUAG